CAAGCGACAGCGAGGAAGAUGGCGAAGCCAACAAUCGGCAUCGACUUCGGCACGGCAAAAUGCUGCGUGGCGACCGUCAUGAACGGCAAAGCCGAAGUUUUGCCGAACGCAAGAGGGGACAAGACGACCCCCAGCUGGGUGGCCUUCAACGACGUGCAAUACCUGGUGGGGGAAGAGGCAAAAGACCAGGCGCUGUUCAGCUCUAUGAGCUCGAUUUAUGGAGUCAAAAAAAUUCUAGGAAGAGCCUAUGAGGACCAAAGUGUUACCAGCUACAGUGAAAGAUACGCGAUCAUCACUUACGAGGGAAACCGACCGAUGAUAAUACUUCUCCGUAAUGGAGACUUUAUGGCGUUGAGACCAGAACUUGUGGCUGCAAUGCUGCUGCUGAGGAUGAAGCAGGAAGCUGAAGCAGCGCUGGGGGAGAUUGGGGGCGCCGUGGUCUCGGUGCCCGCUUGCACCACCAGAUCCCAACGCGAGGCGAUUGUAACCGCGUGUAAAAUAGCCGACCUGGAGUUGCUGGAUCUCAUCUGUGAACCAAAGGCAGCGGCUUUGGCCUACCGGCACAACAUAAGGUCAGUGGAAAAUACAGGUUCGGCCCAAAAUUCGUCCUUCAGUGAGUGCCUCAAUCUUAGACAGGCGCACAACGUCUUGGUUUUCGACAUGGGGGCAGGAAAGCUUGACGCGUCGCUGUUAAGCGUUGACUACACGGAGGUGCGAGUGCUGGCAGCGAGUGGGGAUGAGGACCUAGGGGGAGACUAUUUAGAUUGGGUGCUGAUGAAAGAGAUUGAAAAGAGAACCAGCCUUAGAAGUAAAGAUGAUAAUCCAAAAUUUUCAAAAAGUUUGUUGAGCAAAAAGCAUGCGUGCGAGAAAAUAAAGAUCAACUUGACAUUCAUGAAAGACUCGCCGGUAGAUUGUUACAACCAGGGCAGAUUUAAUGCAAAAUUUAAAAGCAGAAUGACGCGGCGACAAUUUGAAGAAACUUUCAUAAGAACUUUGGACAAAAAGGUGCAAGUUAUUCUCAGUAAACUUGUCAAAACUGCGAAAAUUGCAAAAACUGAAGUGAAAGAAAUUAUCGUAGUCGGAGGCAGUAGUCGGAUUCCCAGAGUUCAGCAGAUCGUUAUGGAUUUCUUUGGGAUAAAAAAACUCAACAUGACCGUCAACGCCGAAGAAGCCAUUGCUGAAGGCGCUGCACUUUGGGCCCAUGAACUGGUUGACAGUGGGAAAUUGAAAUCGAUUUCCGCCUCGGCAACUCUUAUCACUCGUGAAGACAUGAUGCUCAAGUCUGGAAAGUCUUACGGUGAGAAAAAUUUGAAGAUUUCUGCUGAGCGUCGAUACUCAUCCCUGUCAGGAAGGCACAAAGGAGAUUACAGCCACAGAGGAUCAGGUGCACCUGAAUUACCUACCAGAAUACUACCUCCGUUGCCUGAAGAGGAAAUUGUCUCCGCGAUAGAAAUGCUGAGACAAAGCGAGACAGAGAGAAAAAACUAUCUGAAGAUGAUUGAAGUUGUGAACGACAUUGAAAAUUUCUGUCUCAUCCUCAGGAGCAAACUGAAAUUUCUGUUAGCUUCCACUGACGAGGCGCUCGAAAAUGUAAACGCCAAGGAUAGCAUAACCGAAACAGAUGCAAAAAAAAUCAGAAAUAAACUUUUUAAGGAGUGUCGCCAUCUGCUAACUUGCGACGGAAGCUUAUGCGAGUUGAAAAUAAAUAUGCCAAUAAGUUCUGAGGCGAAUGGCUGCCAAACUCACGGCCGAAUUGACCGUAAAAUUCACCCGUUGGUCAACAAAGACUGCCGUUCAGAAGCAAGAUUUACUCCAUCCAGCAGCAGCAGUGUUCCUACAGCAUCCAAGUGUAACAAUGUGUCUACCAAAUCCAGCUGUAACAAUGGGCCUAUCACAUCCAGCUGUAGCAGUGUUCCUACCACAUCCAGCUGUAGCAGUGUUCCUAUCACAUCGGGCUUUAUAGAUGCUCAGGACCAUUGGCCCAAAUUCAGGGUGAGGCAUAAGAAUUUGAAAAAUUUUUACUGCAAAUGAAAGUGACUAAAUUUAUUGUUCAAAUAAUGAAACCUUUUUAUUAUGAAAUUACACUGAGAAGCAUUUAAUGUUGGUUGCUAUCAAUUGGAAUCAUCUCCACUGAGAUGAGCUCCGGAAAAAAAAACUUUGGCCGGCAAACGCAGGAGAAUCUGUUUAAUUGCAGUCGUCAUUUAGCCUUUUAUUUCUCUAAUGCUUUGUGGUUUGGGGCCAUUCACUUCUUGUUUGAAGUGUUACAACGAGAAAAAAUUAAACCAUACAAAUCAGGAGCAGGUGACGUGUGUCACCCUAUCGUAUGAUAAGAUUUCGAGGAAAGCAAUGGGGGUGCAGUUUCCAGGUUCAAUUGAGAUUCAUGCCAUUUGAUUAGCAUAAGUCAGAAUUUCUUUGCUGGACUCUUUGUAGAAUAAAAUUAUUUA